AUGGUGCUGACCGGCCUGCUGUUGGUGAUUGGGGCCGCAAUCGGUGGAGAGGUGGGCAUCGUCGUGGCGCUGGUCUUCGCCAUCGUGAUGAAUUUCGGCGCCUACUGGUUCAGCGACAAGAUAGCCCUGGGAAUGGCCCAUGCCAAACAGAUUACGCCCGAGGAUGAUCCUCAGCUUUUCGUUUUGGUCGAGGAGCAAGCCAGACUCGCCAACAUGCCAAUGCCCAAAGUUUACGAGAUAGACUCGGAAUCACCCAACGCAUUCGCCACCGGCCGCAGCCCGCAACGGGCGGCGGUAGCCGUAACUACCGGCAUUCGCCGCAUCCUGACUCGCGAGGAACUGGCCGGCGUAAUGGCCCACGAGAUGGCACAUGUGGGCAACCGCGAUACUCUGAUCAUGACCGUGGUGGCCACCAUCGCCGGCGCAAUAUCCAUGCUGGCGUUUAUGGCGCAGUUUGCGGCCAUCUUCGGCGGCAUGGGCGGGGGCGGACGUGAUCGGGGCGGCAACAUCAUCAGCCUGCUCAUCAUCGCGAUAGUAAUGCCGCUUGCCGCGACCAUCAUCCGCAUGGCGAUUUCACGUUCCCGGGAAUUCCAGGCUGAUAUCACCGGUGCGCACAAUUGCGGCAACCCCGAAGCUCUGGCCAGAGCGCUGGAAAAGCUGGAAAUGGGCGUAGAAGCGCGGCCCAUGAAAGUGAACGAGGCGGCAUCACAUCUGUUCAUCGUAAAUCCAUUGAGCGGGCGCUCCAUGGCACGGCUGUUCUCGACUCACCCCCCGGUAGAAGAACGGGUGCGGCGGUUGCGGGCCAUGACCAUCCGGCCCAAUUUCUAA